AUGUAUUCAUUGAAGAGAGAGAACCACACAGUGGUGAGUGAGUUUGUUUUCCAGGGUUUCUCCAGCUUUCAUGAACACAAGCUCACUCUCUUUGUGGUAUUUUUUACCUUGUACCUUUUAACCCUGGCUGGCAAUGUCAUCAUUGUGAUCAUUAUUAGCAUUGAUCAUCACCUUCACACCCCCAUGUACUUCUUUCUUAGCAUGCUUUCUACUUCAGAGACUGUGUACACUUUAGUCAUUGUACCACAGAUGCUCUCCAGCCUCGUAAGUCUAAGCCAACCCAUCUCGUUAGCUGGCUGUGCCACCCAGAUGUUCUUUUUUAUCACCUUGGCCAUCAACAACUGCUUUCUUCUCACAGCAAUGGGGUAUGAUCGUUAUGUAGCUAUCUGCAACCCCUUGAGGUACACAGUCAUCAUGAACAAGAGACUGUGCGCCCAGCUUGUAGGUGGGGCCUGCAGCAUUGGGCUGUUUGUGGCCAUAAUUCAGAUUUCUUCUGUGUUCAGGAUGCCUUUUUGUAAUAGAGAGGUGGCUCAUUAUUUCUGUGACAUUCGCCCAGUUAUGAAACUCUCCUGUGCUGAUACGACUUUACAUGACAUAAUUAAUUUUGUUAUUAGCUCCCUUGUUAUUGUGGUACCCAUGGGUUUGGUCUUCAUCUCCUACAUUCUCAUCAUCUCCACUAUCCUCACGAUCGCCUCUGCUGAGGGCCGGAAGAAGACUUUUGCUACUUGCGCCUCCCAUCUUACUGUGGUCGUCAUCCACUAUGGUUGUGCCUCCAUUGCCUACCUCAAGCCCAAGUCAGAGAACACCAGAGAUCAGGACCAGCUGAUUUCAGUGACUUACACUGUUUUUACUCCACUCCUUAAUCCCAUUGUCUAUACUUUGAGGAACAAGGAGGUCAAGGAUGCCUUUCACCGUGCUAUCGGCAAAAACACUCUUGCCUAG